CAGAAUGCCUCCUGCUUAGUGAUAGCGUAGAGACUGUAGUGUUCACAUCACACCACACACCUAAGCAAAAUUUUCAUCACCGUUCAAGGAAAGUUCGAUAUACAUAUACAUAUAUAUAUACAUAUAGAAAUCCGCACAAAUUAGUCAGUCGUGUAGUCAGCUCGCACACCCCUAGUGUCACUAAACGAUCACACGCACACGCUCGCACGCACACGCACACGUACACGUACACGUAUUAUAUUUUAUAUCCACGCAUUGUGCGACAAACUGUGGAGGGCGCGCCUGGCGAAAAUCCGACGAGGAGACAGGAAGAAGUGCCGGAAACGUGACGCGAGCCAUCGAAAGAAUUAGCGAAGAGAGCACACUCCGCAUUCGAAGGAGAGACACGCGGGAGCCGGAAAGGCAGAGCGCAGCAUCCAGCAGCAGCAGCAGCAACUACGGUAGCGGCAGCAGUAGCAGCCAGAAGGGUGGUUCAGAAGGGCCAGACACGCAGGGCAGGCACACGCGUCGAGAGGAAGGGUCGAAACGCAUACGAGGAGAGUAAAUACGAGCGAAAAGGUCUCUCGGCCGCGACCUUUGACCCUCGACCUACCGCGAGCUAGCUCCAAGAGUUCCCAUCAGCCCGGGUGGACGAUAAUUGAAGAGAUAUUCGCCGGUUCGCUCGAGAAAUCAGGGGGAAAGGGCCAAGUGUAGUAGUGUGUCGUCACGAUUGGAAGAACGAGAUCGCUCGGCCGAAGAUUACCUACUCUUCCGACGAGGAUUCUCGCCUUCGUCCACCACACCCCGUGUUUCUCUUUCUCUCUCUCUCUCUUUCUCGCGCGCGCUCUCUCGUCGUCGUUUCGUGCACCGGAAGCGCGCACUUAAUUGACGCUCGUCGUCCGCUUGAGCGUCGUUGCGCGUGUGUGGAAACUGGAAAAACGUGAAGAAUUGACUUGGCGCGUUCUAAAAGGCACUUUUCGAAGACGAUCAAGCAAUUAGUGAGAGAAUUCUUUCUGCCUUUGAUACGCGAUUGCUCUCUCUUUUUGUCUGUUUCCUCUUUCUAUCCGGCUUCGUAUCUCGCUUGACAGGGACGCCGUCUUCGUCGUCGCAGCGACAUGGGCGGAUGUACUUCGAAGGAUACCACGUCGGGUGACGACAAAAAGAGCAACAAUAUGGUUGAUGCGGCAGUUUUGGACAAACUGGAAACCGGCUAUGCCAAGCUGGCGGCGUCCGAUAGCAAAUCGCUAUUGAAGAAACAUCUGACGAAGGAGGUCUUUGAUCAACUCAAGACCAGGAAGACGUCGUUUGGCUCCACUCUUCUGGACGUUAUCCAAUCCGGUCUGGAGAAUCACGAUUCUGGUGUUGGUAUCUAUGCACCCGACGCUGAGGCAUACACCGUGUUCGCCGAAAUUUUCGACCCCAUUAUUGAUGAUUACCACGGUGGUUUCAAAAAAACCGACAAGCACCCACCCAAAGAUUUUGGCGAUGUCGACUGCUUCGGCAAUCUUGAUCCGGCUGGUGAAUACAUCGUGUCGACUCGCGUGCGAUGUGGUCGCUCCCUGGACGGAUAUCCCUUCAACCCGUGCUUGACCGAGGCUCAGUACAAAGAGAUGGAAGAAAAAGUUUCUAGCACGUUGUCGGGCCUCACCAGUGAACUUAAGGGCACUUUUUACCCGCUUACCGGCAUGAGCAAGGAUGUGCAGCAAAAACUAAUCGACGAUCACUUCCUCUUCAAGGAGGGUGACCGUUUCCUCCAGGCAGCGAAUGCCUGUCGUUUCUGGCCCACUGGACGUGGUAUAUUCCACAACGAUGAUAAGACCUUCCUGGUCUGGUGCAACGAAGAGGACCAUCUCCGUAUCAUCUCCAUGCAGAUGGGUGGUGAUCUUGGACAGGUCUACCGACGUCUGGUGACGGCGGUGAACGAGAUCGAGAAGCGGUUGCCGUUCUCGCACAACGAUCGCUUCGGUUUCCUGACGUUCUGCCCGACGAAUCUGGGCACGACGGUGCGUGCCUCGGUGCACAUCAAGGUGCCGAAGCUCGCGGCGAACAAGGCCAAACUCGAGGAGGUCGCGGCGAAGUACAAUCUGCAGGUGCGCGGCACGCGCGGAGAGCACACCGAAGCCGAGGGUGGCAUUUACGAUAUCUCCAACAAGCGCCGCCUCGGCCUCACCGAAUACCAGGCUGUGAAGGAGAUGAAUGACGGCAUCGCCGAACUCAUCAAGCUCGAGGCUAGCCUCUAAAUCCGGCCCCUUCCCUGGCACUUCCCCGACACUGUAUUCGUUUUCCCUCCGUCAUAGCCUCGUCGGACGCUAUACUGUAUUACGUGACGUCACGCUGGAAAUUAUGUCAACGGCGCGCAAAUUUUAUUCCGAGGAAAGAACUUGUCGAGUGAAUGAUUCUGAGAAUCGUCCGAGAUUCGUAGCCGGCGGCAUUAACAUUUCCAGCCACAUUUCCGCGUUUCUCGCGUCUUUAUGUUAAUAUCUAUAUUGAUAUUGUACAAUUAGCACUGUCUAGUACGAUGCAAACUGCUCUCGUGUUACCAUGCGUUAUUUUUUUUUAUUAUCCGCAGUCUGUAGAUUAAUAAAGAAAAAUCAACUUUACGUAAUAUUUAUUGUAUUAUUAAAAAUGAUUAAAAUUACAAAAUUAACCCGCCAGCCAAGAAAGAAAGAGAGGAGAAGAAGAAACAUUCUGCUGUUUCUUAAACAUUUACUAACAUGUACUUUCUAUUAUUAAUUUCUAUACUUAAUUUAAUUUAAUAAUUACUCUUUCUUUCUAUAUCUCUCUUUCUUAUCAAUUCGCAAAGACCCAUUGUUUGUUUUACUAAAGAAAAGUACGUUGAACUAAAAUCCAGAAGAUUCAAUAAAAAGAAAAAAAAUUAUAAAAUAGUUUGCAUCGUACUCUGCGCGUUGUAUUUGACAGUAUUUUUAGUUUUAUUCACAUGUUCCUUUCGUUUCUGUUUUAGUGCGUAAUUUUGAAAAAUUGAGAGAACCUUUCUUGGAUGUAGUGUAUUUGCAAAUUUUGUUUAACUUUCUUUUGUCGCAAUUGCUUUUAUAUAUACAUAUAUAUUCGUUACCGAUGAUACAUAGUCACGCGCGUUCUCACACACACUUAGUAAUGCUCUAGUGCUAGUCCCUUGCGAUUCGUCGUGAUUGUCGUGAUUAAAACGAGAUAAGAAAAAAAAAUGAGGGAAGAAGUCGCUGUUUAAGGAAUAUUCAUUCAACGACGAUAUUUAAUUGUCCGUAUUACGAUCCGUAACGGAACCUGAAAGAGUCGAGAGUGCCGUUUGCCGGUACUUGGCGGUUUUCUAGUCUGGUGCUGCGAAUGGAGUGGAGCAACGUAUUCACGUUUUUUCAUUCUCUUUUUUACUACGUGAGUGAGUCAACAGGAAGAACAUCUGCGCGACGAAAAUAUUACACGCACUACGAAACACGCGAGCCAAACGCUGCGGCAUAUAGACAGUGUACUAUCAGCCGACUCGACAACCAAAUGUACGAAAUACAAGUAAUGAAACACGAAAAUAAAAAGACAUACACAUUACGUA